CCCUAACAACGGCUUGUUGUUAGUAACCCGGCGGUAGUCCGGCAGUAAUCCAGGCAGAUCUGCCUGGGGGCGGGAAGCACCUGCCAUGAAUCCGCCAGCUUCUCUGGGGGUCCUGGAGGAGAAGAAGGAGGAGGAACAUUUAUCCACCCCGAUUCUCGGGCCCUCCAUACAUUCUGAUAACCCUCAGGAGCGGAUCCAGGCCCGGCGCCUCCGCAUCGCGGCGCGCCUGGAAGCUCGGAGGCGGGAAGCCCUGGGGGAAUAUUUAGAUGGGAAGAAGGAGGCUGAGGAAGAUCAAAGCAAGAGCUACAAACAGAAAGAAGAAAGCAGACUGAAAUUGGCUAAACUGCUGCUCUGCGGCACUGAGUUGGUGACAAACAUCCAGGUAGCUGCAGAUAUCAGAGAGAUCCACAGGAGAGUCGAGGAAGAGGAGAUAAAGCGCCAGAGACUGGAAAAGCUGGAGAAUGAGGUCAAGACCAGCCAGGACAAAUUUGAUGAGAUUACUGUCAAGUGGGAAGAGGGCAAACAGAAGAGAAUCCCCCAGGAACUGUGGGAAAUACUCAACACCCAGCAGGUGCACUGUGCUGGGCUGAUAGAGGAUAAGAACAAGCUGAUCAGCGAGUUACAGCAGGAAUUAAAGAUGAAAGAUGACCAGUACGUGAAGGAUUUGAAGAAACAGGCAGAUGACAUCUGCCUGCUCCUGGAGAGGAUGGAGGAGCAGGUGAAGAAUGUGAUGAAAACCUUUCGCCAGGAGCUUCAUCACAUCGAGAAAGCGUUUGAGGUGGAGCGACACGAGCUGCUGACGAGCAAUAAGAAGAAAUGGGAGCGGGCCUUGCAGGCGCACAACGCCAAGGAGCUGGAGUAUCUCAUGAGCCGCAUCAAGAAAGUGGAGGACUACGAGCAGCAGCUCAACAGGCAGAGGAUCUGGGACUGCGAAGAGUACAACGUGAUCAAGAUCAAGCUGGAGCAGGACGUGCAGAUUCUUGAGCAACAGCUUCAGCAAAUGAAGGCCACUUAUCAGCUAAACCAAGAGAAGUUAGAGUACAACUUCCAGGUGCUGAAGAAGCGGGAUGAAGAAAGCACAGUGAUCAAAUCCCAGCAGAAGAGGAAGAUCAACCGCCUGCAUGAUGUACUCAACAAUCUGAGAUCAAAAUAUAACAAGCAGAUAAAGCAGUUUCAGGAGGAGAACCAAUCGCUAACCUCCGACUACAAACGGCUGGUGAUGCAAUUCAAGGAGAUGCAGAAAGCCAUGAGGCAUUUUGCUCUCAUUGAUGACAAGCAGUUUCGGGAGAUUUGGCUGAUGAAUGAAGAGGAGGCAAAGGAGCUGAUAAGCAGAGCCUUGGAUGUAGACAGGAUCAUCCACACCCACCAUCUGGGGCUCCCCUGGACGGCCCCGGACUUCUGGUUCCUGAAGAAUGUGGGGCCGAUUUCUCAGCAGCAGUGCAAGUCCGCCACGCAAAUCUUGGAGGAAGUGCUGAUGCGAGCAGAAGAGGAGGGGGCAGAGGAGGCCACCUCGGAGACUGAGUCUUACCUGGAACUGCCAAAGCAAGUUUCAGCAAAAACUACCAGAAGGAUCCUGAUGCUCCUGUGCGAUGAGGCGGGUUUCCUCAUAGAGAGCAAGCUGCUGAGCCUCCUCCUGCCCCUGGAGAAGAACGAGUGUUACCUGCUGCGGUUGGAUGCCCUCUUCUCAGCCCUCGGAAUUGAAGUUGAGGAUGACUUGUAUAAACUGGUGCAUUUCUUCCUCAAAUACCAAGCUCAUCAUUCUCCUCCCAUCCAGGAGCAAACAAGCCUGGUAUCAGCCCUGGAGCCUGAGGAGCUGCUGGACCAUGGCGGAGGGGAGGGAAGCCUCGUGGAAGAAGAGCCACCAGAGAAGGAGCCCCCGCGUUCUCCCGUGCUCAUCCACCCCAAUGAUGUCCUCAAGAUUCUGGAGGCCUUUGUCAUGGGUCUGAGGAAGCCCAGGGACUUUCGAGCACCAGCAAAGCUGCUGAAGGGUGUGCGCGAUGCCUCAGAGGACUCGGAGUACUGGAGGGCGCUGACCACGGUUAUCCCUGCCGCCACGCUGAGCCUCUGGGACGUUCUGUACACAGCCUUGGAGAAGUACCACCUCGUCCUGACCCAGAGGGCUGAGCUGCUGAUAGAAAACCGUUCCCUGGAGCAGCAGAACACGGAGCUCCAGCAGCUGCUGCAGCAGUACUUAGACUCCAAGGUAAACUCCGAACUGCAAGUUCCUCCAACUCACGUGUUCCGAAUGCCCACAAAAUAGACUCAGAUCUCUGAAGGCUGCCAGUUUAGGGUGGACGUUGGUUUCAGCCUUGAUGCUGGAGGCGGUGUCCCCAGGGAGCUGCCUGGGCUUGCUCGCUCGCUUUUCUAGCUGCUGUUUUGGGGACUGUCAGGUUAAGGCAACCAGAGGAGUUACAUGUAUCCUCUGGUCAUGAUUAAAGUCUUAA